AUGCCGCUGGGUUUGGGAAGAAGGAAGAAGGCUUCGCCAUUGGUGGAGAAUGAGGAAGCUGAACCCAUCCGCGCCGGGCUAAACGUGGAGGGUUUGGACGGAGGGGUCGUGGUGGGCCUCGGUGAGGGCGCCGCCUCAGAGGGGUUGCCUCCCCCGCCAAGCAGCAUGCGGCCACGACUCAUCUUCCAUACGCAACUGGCACACGGAAGCCCCACCGGACGCAUCGAGGGCUUCAGCAACGUGCGGGAGCUCUACGCCAAGAUUGGUGAAGCCUUCGGGAUCCCGUCGGCUGAGGUGAUGUUUUGCACAUUGAACACUCACAAGGUGGACAUGGACAAACUGCUGGGAGGCCAGAUUGGCUUAGAAGACUUUAUAUUUGCCCAUGUUAAAGGCCAAAAGAAGGAAAUUGAAGUGUUCAAAGGGGAAGAUGCGCUUGGCCUCACAAUUACUGACAACGGAGCCGGUUAUGCUUUCAUUAAACGAAUCCGCGAGGGCAGCAUCAUCCAUCAGAUCCAGGUGAUCAACGUGGGCGACAUGAUUGAGUCUAUCAACGGCCAUCGCCUGAUUGGCUGUAGACACUACGAGGUGGCCAAGAUGCUCAAGGAGCUGCCCAAGGGGAAGGAUUUUACCAUCAAGCUGGUGGAGCCGCUCAAAGCCUUUGAUAUGAUAAGUCAGCGGUCCGGGGGUUCCAGGUCAUCGUCAGGUGUCCAGCUGGGCACCGGCAGGGGAACAUUGCGGCUACGCUCCAAGGGUCCAGCUACCGUAGAGGAAGUGCCCUCUGCUUUUGAGGAAAAAGCCAUUGAAAAGGUUGAUGACUUGUUGGAAAGCUACAUGGGCAUCCGAGACAGUGAGCUGGCGGCUACCAUGGUGGAGCUGGGAAAAGACAAAAAGAACCCCGACGAGUUUGCCGAGGCUCUAGAUGAGACGCUGGGUGACUUCGCCUUCCCAGACGAGUUCGUCUUCGACGUGUGGGGCGCCAUCGGGGACGCCAAGGUCGGACGUGUGUGA